UACCACUUUCUCUCUCUUCCCCCUCUUCCGCUCUCUCACUCUCUCAGGCAAGUUCUCUCUCUCUGCUUCUCUGUUUUGAACGGAGAAAUGUGCUGUGUUUUCUAUGCUGAGAUGUCUCAAUUUAUUGCAAGUUUAGGGCUCUGAGCUGGAUUUUCGACAUACCCCUUUUCUUCUCCUUGGUUUUCUUUACUGCUCUUUUUUCUUCUCACUCCCUUGAUUCGGGUCUCCAAUUGGGUUAAUUUGCAAUGACUGAACCUUCCAAGGUCAUUCACGUUCGAAAUGUGGGGCACGAAAUAUCUGAAAAUGAUUUACUUCAGCUAUUUCAGCCUUUUGGUGUCAUAACGAAGCUUGUGAUGCUGCGUGCAAAAAAUCAGGCUCUUCUCCAAAUGCAAGAUGUUCCUUCUGCAGUUAAUGCUUUACAAUUUUAUGCCAAUAUUCAGCCAAGUAUAAGGGGGAGGAAUGUUUAUGUUCAAUUUUCGUCUCAUCAAGAACUAACAACAAUGGAUCAAAGUCAAGGACGAGGAGAUGAGCCAAACAGAAUUCUCUUAGUUACAAUUCAUCACAUGCUGUAUCCUAUAACAGUGGAUGUGCUGUAUCAAGUAUUUUCUCCCCAUGGAUCUGUGGAAAAGAUUGUAACAUUUCAGAAGUCAGCUGGGUUUCAGGCUCUCAUCCAAUAUCAAUCACAUCAGAGUGCAGUUAUUGCGAGAAGUACACUUCAGGGUCGCAAUAUUUAUGAUGGUUGCUGUCAGCUUGACAUUCAGUUCUCAAACCUUGAUGAAUUACAAGUGAACUUCAAUAAUGACCGUUCAAGGGACUUCACAAACCCAAAUCUCCCUACAGAGCAGAAAGGCAGACCUUCACAACCUGGAUAUGGUGAUGCAGGGAACAUGUAUGCUGCUCAAGGUUCUGGAGCCAGGACAGUUGGAUUUCCACAGAUGCCCAAUGCUGCAGCUAUUGCAGCUGCCUUUGGAGGAGGUUUGCCUCCCGGAAUAACUGGGACAAAUGACAGGUGUACAGUUCUUGUCUCAAAUCUUAAUCCUGAUGUAAGCACUUUGUCUGGCUUCUGCUGUGAAGUUCUCUCCAUUUCUCAGUUUAGUAAGCUUGAUAUCUGUUUAUUUCAGAGAAUAGACGAGGAUAAACUGUUCAACUUGUUCUCCAUUUAUGGGAACAUUGUGAGAAUUAAACUUCUUCGAAAUAAACCAGAUCAUGCACUUAUCCAGAUGGGAGAUGGUUUCCAGGCUGAAUUGGCUGUACACUUUCUGAAGGGAGCCAUGUUGUUUGGGAAGCGAUUAGAGGUCAACUACUCCAAGCAUCCGAACAUAACCCAAGGUGCUGAGACACAUGAAUACGUCAAUUCAAAUCUCAACCGUUUCAAUCGCAAUGCAGCUAAAAACUACCGGUAUUGCUGCUCCCCGACAAAGAUGAUCCAUUUGUCCACACUUCCGCAAGACAUCACUGAAGAUGAGAUUGUGAGCCUUGUAGAGGAGCACGGAACCAUUGUGAACAGCAAAGUCUUUGAGAUGAAUGGGAAAAAACAGGCUCUGGUUCAGUUUGAGACUGAGGAACAGGCUACGGAAGCCCUUGUGUGCAAGCAUGCAAGCUCACUUUCUGGCUCAGUAAUCCGUAUCUCCUUUUCCCAGUUACAGAAUAUAUGAUGAGACUUUGUUAAGGACUCAUGGACAACCGGAGCAACGGUUGUUAAGCACAAUAGGGACAAGGACUCUGAACUUGGGAAGGAUAUUUUUAUGCAGAUGGUGGUCAUCUUCAUUAUCUUGUAAUGGUCUCUUUGCUUGCUAAUUUACUGAUAUGAUCUGCUCUUUUGAUUUUUCUUCUUUUUAAUCACUUGUCUUCUCAUCUCCAUUGCUCUACUAGUUUUUUAGGUUGUUAACAUAAUGCGGUAGGGAGGUGUAGAUUUUGUGUUUGCGGAUAGGUCGAGUCUUGAGGAAUAGAAAGGAGGGGGAAUCACUACCUUCUUAUUGCCUUUAUUUAAAACCAUUGUUGUAUGAAUGAUUUGUAAUUCAGGCUAAGUAGGCCUCUUUCUUUGGUAUUCUCAAUCCAUAUCAAAAUUUUCCACUCCAACUGAGCAAGAAGCUGCUUUUUGUGUGUGUUUUUGAAGUAUCUAUUUGUCUACUCUAUUCUUUUGUAUCUACAUACUUACCUCUUCCCCCUAAUCUCUGACUUCAACUUUUAUUCU